AGAUAUUUUAUUUCGGUAAUGAUUUGUAUAUAUCUUUGUGCUGUGAGGUGAGUGACGCCAUGAGUUAAGCUCACUAGUUUCUUUAUUUCUAUAUAAUACGAUAACUCCUAUGACCUCCACUGACCAAAGCAACAAAACAAACAAAAAAACCUGACAUGGAACAAAAAACAUUUUUCCGGUUAAUUUUUCUCAUAGUCACGGCCGGUUUCAUCAUCUCCUUCACAUCCACUAACUUCUCUCACGGACCGACGAAGCUUCUUGACUGCUCCGACUCUUCCUCUUCACCUCUUUGCGCUUCUAGAAACUUCCUUUUCAACAAACAACAACCACGACCAAUUCCUAAACACGAUCCUAAAAAAAAGACUAAAAACCAUGACCAUGCGUCCGACACACCAAACCAUCCUCUAGACCCACUCACGGUGGUGGAGAUAAACAAAGUACGAUCAAUACUCACCUCACACGCGCUAUUCACCUCCGGUACACCUCACGCGUUCCACACCGUCGUUCUUGAAGAGCCUGACAAGAAUCUUGUCCGUCUUUGGGAAAAAGGGAACCCACUCCCUCCGAGGAAAGCUUCCGUCAUCGCACGUGUUGGCACCGACACGCACGUGCUCACUGUUGAUAUCUCUACGGGUAAGGUAGAGUCAGAGAAUAUCCCGGUUAAUGUUUCUGGUUACCCGAUGAUGACGAUAGAAGAGAUGAACGAUAUGACGGUUCUACCAUUCUCAAACGCGGAUUUCAACCGUACGAUUCUUUCUCGUGGAGUUAAUCUAACGGACGUGAUUUGCUACCCAAUCUCAUGUGGCUGGUUUGGUGGUAAAGAAGAUAACGCAAGGGUAAUUAAAAACCAGUGUUUCUUGACUCAAGGUACGGCCAACUUCUACAUGCGACCUAUCGAAGGUUUGACUAUUCUUAUCGAUUUAGAUACAAAGAAGGUGAUCGAGAUAUCCGAUACGGGUCGGGCAGUACCCAUACCCGGUUCAACCAAUACUGAUUACCGCUUCGAAAAGCUCGUGACUACCGACAAAACCCGACGUCUAAACCCGAUAUCAAUCGAGCAACCACGUGGUCCAAGCUUCGUCAUAGAGGACAACCAUUUGGUGAAAUGGGCAAACUGGGAAUUUCAUUUAAAACCAGACCCGAGAGCAGGUGUGGUUCUAUCACGGGUCAGGGUACAUGAUCCGGAUACUCAAGAGACACGUGACGUGAUGUACAAAGGGUUCGUGUCCGAGCUUUUUGUUCCGUACAUGGAUCCAUCAGACGCGUGGUACUUUAAGACUUACAUGGACGCAGGGGAGUAUGGGUUCGGGUUACAAGCCAUGCCACUCGUACCGCUUAAUGAUUGUCCACGAAACGCAGCGUAUAUGGACGGAGUUUUCGCAGCAGCUGAUGGAACGCCGUUUGUGAGAGAAAACAUGGUUUGUAUUUUCGAGAGUUACGCCGGAGAUAUUGGGUGGCGUCACUCCGAAAGCCCCAUCACAGGCUUACCGAUAAGGGAAGUGAGACCAAAAGUGACGCUUGUGGUACGAAUGGCAGCUUCGGUAGGUAACUACGAUUACAUCAUUGAUUAUGAGUUCCAAACUGAUGGGCUUAUCAAAGCUAAGGUUGGGCUUAGUGGAAUUUUAAUGGUGAAAGGGACACCAUAUCAAAACAAGAACCAAGUGGAGAAAGAUAAAGAAGGUAAUGAAGAAGAGCUUCACGGCACGCUUCUGUCUGAAAAUGUAAUCGGAGUAAUUCAUGACCACUACGUCACUUUUUACCUUGAUCUUGACGUCGAUGGCCCCGACAACUCAUUUGUUAAAGUGAACCUCAAGAGGCAAGAGACUGAGCCAGGUGAGUCACCGAGGAAGAGUUACCUCAAAGCAGUUAGGAACAUUGCGAAAACCGAAAAGGAUGGUCAGAUCAAGCUUAGCUUGUAUGAUCCAUCAGAAUUCCACGUUAUCAACUCUGGUAAGACAACUCGGGUUGGUAACCCGACGGGUUACAAAGUUGUGCCUAGAGCCACAGCUGCUAGUUUGCUUGACCAUGAUGACCCCCCGCAGAAGAGAGGAGCUUUUACCAAUAACCAAAUUUGGGUCACUCCCUACAACAAGUCCGAACAAUGGGCUGGUGGCUUGUUCACUUACCAAAGCCACGGUGAUGAUACUCUUGAAGUUUGGUCAGACAGGGAUAGAGACAUAGAGAACAAGGACAUAGUUGUGUGGUACACACUUGGCUUCCAUCACAUUCCAUGUCAAGAAGAUUUUCCGAUAAUGCCCACGGUUUCUUCAAGUUUUGACUUGAAGCCCACAAAUUUUUUUGAGCGCAAUCCAAUCCUAGGGGCCGCUCCAAACUUCGAACAUGACCUCCCGGUUUGUGGAGUUCAGUCUGUUUCUGCUUGAGAAGAGUAAAGUGCAAAAUAAAGAUAAUAACCAGCUUAGAAUCUUCCAUAAAUCACGGUACUCGUUAUGUACAUUAUGUCCACACAAUGUUUUUAUGGGCUCAAUUUUAGUAAUCGGAUAUAUAGAUGUAAAUGCUGUUGUACAUGUAUGUUUAUAAGCGAGAGUCCAUACAAUUGGAUUAUGUAUGUUAGAAUCUUCCAGAUUGGCUGUUACAAAGCCUAAAUCUUUAUUUGCUUCAUUA